UUUACCGGUGCACACGUGUUGAACUUUCACCCCUCCGACUGGUUUAUUGUUUUGAUUUGUCAGGUUGUGUUUCCGCUACAAUCGUAGCAAACGCGUCGACGUCAGACACAUUUUAAAUCCAGCAGUUCUCUGGAUGGUUUUUUUUUUUAUCUCAGACCCGACCGUGACAACUAAAGAUGGCGGUGUGGACCAGAUAACGAGCUUCCUGUCGAUAAAGAUGCUUCCUCCGAGAUAAGCUAACUUUAGCCGCGCGGCUAACGCAGCGUACGUAGCUUCGGUUCCAACAUGACGGGGACGAGGGGCUGUGUGUAGCGGGGACAGGGCUCACAUCGGACCGCAGCGGGCUCCUGUUGUUAGGACACUGGUUUCCAGCACUGACCCGUCACCGUGUUUGAACAGCUGCGAGGCGGCUUCUCCGAACAAGUGAGCGAAAGUGUUCAACAUCCAGCCGGCGAGUUAAUCCACGACAAGUGUUUCUUGUUGACGCGUCGUUUUAGUGUCGGACGCUCGCACCGCUCUCUCUCUCUCGAUGGGGGAGGAAAAGCCGGACACGCUGGACUUUGUGAAGGACUUCCAGGAGUAUCUGAGCCAGCAGACUCAACAUGUCAACAUGAUAUCAGGCUCCGUCAGCGGAGUCAAGGAGGCGGACGAGCUGCCAGCAGACUGCAGUCAGAAUGGACUGGAUCACCCCACAGUGGACAUGUCACUGGAGGACAGUUCAGGGAUCCUUGUCGAUGGCUUCGAGAGGACCUAUGACGGCAAGCUCAAGUGCCGCUACUGCAACUACGCCACCAGAGGCACCGCACGACUCAUCGAGCACAUCCGAAUUCACACAGGAGAGAAGCCGCACCGCUGCCACCUCUGUCCAUUUGCUUCAGCCUACGAGCGUCACCUGGAGGCCCACAUGCGAUCGCACACAGGUGAGAAGCCGUACAAGUGUGAGCUGUGCUCCUUUCGCUGCAGUGACCGUAGCAACUUGUCGCACCACCGCCGCAGACGCCACAAACUCCUCCCAAUGAAAGGCGCUCGCUCACUCUCCCACAAGAAGAUGCUAAGUGUUUUACAGAAGAAGGCCAGCUCUUUGGGUUAUGGUCGCCGGCUCCUCAUCAACUUCAGCCCCCCUUCUAUGGUGGUGCACAAGGCGGAUAAUGUGAAUGACUUCUCUCAUGAGCUGCCACACUUACGUCAGGAGACCUAUGAUAAUCAGAGCGGGACGGUCGAGGACGGGCUCGCCCCUAAUCAAAAUCAUAAUCACCAUGAUAUGGUUAUGGAUAACCCCCUGAACCAGCUGUCCACACUUGCAGGCCAGUUGGCCAGCCUCCCGUCAGAGUCCCAGGCCCUGACUCAACCUCCCAUGUCUCCAGGAGCAGAAUCCAUCGUCGAUGAGAAGCCAUUCCUCAUCCAGCAGCCCCACCCUGCCACAGCUCCUGUAGAUGUCACAGCCAGCGUGGCUCACGUGUCCUCUUCCCCAAUCACCCCAGAGCCCCGAGCUCCUCCCCACAGCAAUUGCAGCCCUGGAGGAGGACCCUGCAGCGAGCACAGUGGUCGCACCAGUACUCCUAGUGUCUCCAACAGCCAAUCCAGUACGCCAGCCCCGGGCCUGUCCGCCCCACUCCAGGACCACCACACGCUGCAUCACUGCCAGCACUGUGACAUCUACUUUCCCGACAACAUCCUUUACACGAUCCACAUGGGCUGCCAUGGCUACGAGAACCCAUUUCAGUGCAACAUCUGCGGCUACAAAUGCAAGAGCAAGUAUGACUUUGCCUGCCACUUUGCCCGCGGGCAGCACAAGUAACGAAGGAUGAGGAAAAACUUGAGCGAACUUUCUACGGACAGCUUUGUUUUUAUUAAUUCCAUAGUAACUUUAUUUAUUGGACUUUUACUUGGCCUUGAUGUAGCCUAGCCUUUGACAGUUAUACAGGUUCCUUUUUAUAUAAUUAAAGGUGCCCAUUCAAGUGUAUUAGAAUGGGAUGAUCAGUGUUUUUGACAGGUUGAGAAUUUAUUUGUGGUGGUGGAGAGAGUCACAUUCAUGGGCUGUUAAAACCAACAACUAAUAAACUUUGUGUAAUGAUUAGGUAGCCAAUUUAUUACAUCAGUUUGGACAGAGCAAAAAAAUAUAAUGCUAUGUUGCAGCUUCCCUGAAGUAGGUGAGCUUAAAGGUACAGUGUGUAGAAUGUGGUGAUAUCUAGUGUUGAAAUUUCAUGUUGCAGCUGAACACCCCUCACCUCACCCUCUCCUUCCAAAC